AUGCUUAUUUAUGUUCGGACAACAGUUCUUAGUCAUGGUGGUCGGGUUACUCUUGAAGGGACUUCUAACCUGUAUGUUCCUUCCGACCGGGGACAGACGGCACCAGUGCCAGAUCAUCCUCUGACCAAGCUUGGACCUUUUCCCCAAGUUUUCCAUCACUCCAGCGAUGAAGCAAAGUGCCGACAAUUCUCCUCCUGCUAUCAAUGGCUAUCUUGCGACGUUGAAUUCGCCGAGUCUUCGGGAACGGCGGUACGGAUAACAUCGUACAUCAAUAACCUCCACCCAAAUAACACGAGGGCAUACGCUUCCAUUGAAAAGCUUAUCUCCCUGGCUAUAGCUCCUUGGAAUGACGUUCUGGUAAAAGGGUAUCAAGGUCGCAGGCCCCGGCGGAUCUACACAUAUGGUGUCUCUAAUAGUGAAGUACCCCCAUGGGCAGAAUACCCGCCGAAGGACCUACUCCCAGUUGUGCCGUAUCAAAAAAUAACUCGAUUCGACUGGGCCUCAGAAGACUGGCAGAGCCAUUGUGACAAGGUCGAAGAAUAUCUUCGGCUACCAGAUGUGGAUCCGAAAUAUCACGUUUUCCCACCAGAGCCCGACGAUCCACCAGAGACCCAAGACCUUCUGGGUUACAUGACACCGGAGAUGUGGGAAUCUCCCAAAAGCGUCGAGAGAAUAGUAAGGGCGAAAUGGAGACGACUUCAUCGGUUCUCAUACCCCGAGCCAGGCAUCUCCUAUACGUAUGAAGACUGGAAAGCGGGUGAAACCGCAAAGCCAAUCUUCGGUCCGUGGGAGUGGGAAGGUGAGUAUGAGAUGACUCAAGAUCAUGAAUACUACUCGGUGUCGUUGGAAGACGAGUUUCGGCAGCAGGGCCUGCAGGUAAUUGUGCGGGUCUUCAGUAUCGACCUGACAACGAAUGAACCCCAUUAUCCCGGGGAUCAAGAUUUCCAUUUGGACGGCAUGCUCAACGAACAUAAUGUCGCCACUGCCCAGUUCUGCUAUAGCUCGGAAAAUAUCACCGAAUCCCGCAUCUCAUACCAACAAAAUGAUGAUUUGAGUCUGCAUGGUCACCAACCGGAUCCCUUGUGCAUCUACAGACUUUACGGCACACCUCCUUGCCCGGCAGUUGGCGAGGAGCCAAAGGCUCUAAAUCUUCAAACACUGGGCUCGGUCGCAGUCACUAGCGGUCGACUUCUCGCUUGGUCUAAUACCUUGCGUUAUAAGAAGCACCCUUUUUCUCUUCUUGACCCAAGUCGCCCAGGACAUCAACGGUGUGUCGUCUUGUGGUUGGUUGAUCCCCAUUAUCGGAUCUGCUCAACUCGAAACGUACCCCCUCAACAGCAUGACUGGUGGCGCAACGCCGUACUGGCGAGCUCGACCCUGUUAUCGACCUUUCCCAAAGAAUUGAUUGAUAUGGUAAUGAAUGAGACAGGACCCUGGCCAAUGGAUUUGUCCGAGGCCUUGGCGUACAAGAAAAGGUCGGAAGCAGAGAGGGAGGAAGCCCAUGAAGCCCAGAAGUCGAUGUUUCAAAACUAUUGGUUCUGGUAUGAUUUAGAAUAUCGCUGA